AUGCCACAUCAAUUGCGCAUCGAAGACGCGGGUGUCGCGACGGACGGGAGCACCGGUGGCGGUCUGGUGACGAGCCGGCACGCGCCCGGAAAUCUCGUGGCCGGAACACCGACGACGACAAUGACGGCCGGCGGCGCCGAGCCAGAAGUCCCUGCGGGCCCAAAACCCCCUCAGGAAGAUGCGGAGAAGUUUAUCCUCGAGGCUAUGAAUUUCCCCGGUGUUAAUAGCCCACAAGACGCUCGCGCGGCGUGGGCGGAAAGACUUUUUGAAAUCGCGAAGGACAUCCUGCGUGCACGAGGCUGGGCGCCUCAACUCCACACCGAGCAGCUUCGGAAUGACAUGGACGAGCUAAAGAAGAUGGUCGCCGACAUUGCAAAGAAGCAAGCGACCCCCCCGAAGACUUGGGCUACCGUAGUCACGGGCCCGAACGCCCGACCGACGGGUCUGAAGAGAUCCCACCUCGCCCCGAUGGGCACCCAGGCAUUUGUCCCCCUUCGAGCCGAACGAUGCCUCACGGUCAAACUGAACGAUAAGCCACUCACUGCUGAGCAGGAGAGGCGUACGGCCAGCGAUAUUGUGAAAGUGAUUAAUCAGAAGUUCCCCAAGGCCGACGCCAGAGCGGUCACGAAGCUGCGUCUCAGCGGAGACUACAUUAUCACAUUUGGAGAAGAAGGGAGGAAGUGGUAUGCAAAGGUUGCGUUCCGUACCGUCUCGGUGAUUGCCCAUGGCGUGCCGUGGGCGCUCAUUGACAACCUCGAGGCAGAGGAGCUGGCAAAGGAGUUGUCCGCAGCGAACAAGAUCACGUAUUCGCCCAGCAGGCGGAACCGGUAUCAAUCGACGGAACACCAGCCCCGAGCCAGCCUGAAGCCACCCAGCCGGCCGAAGAGGUCCUACAGCACCAACUCCUCCAGCAGACGCAAACCGCGGCGACGCAGGAACCUAUGGGGGACGUCCCCCCUGCGACGCCGUCCCGGUCCCAACCCACACACGCUGACGAAGACAGCGACCUAG